CGACCCGAUCUGCUAAACCACCACCGAGUGAUCCAAUCAAGCUCUGCUCUGGGCAGGUUUACAAGCUAAAGCCAUGUAUGGGCAUAAUCUGAGUGCGGCGCAGUAUGAAGCGCUUUCCAAACGAGUGAUGGGACGAGAUGCUUACAUACCCCCAUCCUUCUGCUGCUGCUCCUUCUCUCUUGGAUCCUUCUUCUUUUGUGAUUGUUGUUCUUGUUGAUCUGUGUUUUUGAUCGCCUUUGCAUUCGCGAUCUUCAUCAUGAUGCUGCGGUGGUGUUUCUUUGCUGCAUUUACGAGCUUUGUGCUGGGUCAAGAUACCAAUUAUUUCGCGGAACGGGACGAGGAUGGGAUCCAGGCACGGCAGCAGCCUGGUGUGGUAUCCUCAUCGGAUUUUCUGAGGAGAGCGUACCAUGGCUCGGUCGUGGUAGGAGAUUAUGUUUAUAUUGAUGGAGGAGCAUUUUCGUACAUGAGUAGUGGUUCACCAGUCUAUGAUUACUCUACGACGACUUUAUCGAUCGGCCUCAGUAGUUCUUGGACGAAUGCAUCGGUGGUCAUAAAUUCGAAUUCGAAACCAAGCGGGGUACCGAACCUUGACGAUAACACUCUCUGGUACGACUCGAGUUCGAAUUCUCUGCUGGCUGGAUUUGGCGGUGCUGCCCCGCGAUUCAAUACCCCGUCACCUUAUGCCUUGGGAUUAUGGUCUUUUGCGCUCGAUGGGCAAGGAGGGGGAACAUGGAGUGCAAUCACAGCUGCUACGACAUCACUUCGGAAAUCGUUCACUAGACCAUAUCAAGGACUUUCAACAUGGGGAGGAGACAGCGCUUUCACAAUUGGAGGGUAUAUUAAUGAUUUGACGAGCCCGGCGACUGCCAACUAUACCGGAAGCGAGCCAUUACCGGGAAUUGUUCAGUAUAACAUGACAUCUGGCACUUUCAAGAAUUCCAGCGCAGCAGGUUAUAACUUCAACGGUACCGCUGAGAGAGGAGUAUUGCAUUACGUUCCAUCGUUUGGUCCAGAGGGAAUUUAUGUUCUGCUCGGUGGUGAUAUCUCGGGUUACCAAGGUUAUACUGCAGGCUCCGAUCUUCAGUCCUUCUCCAGUCUAACAAUCUAUGAUCCUGCUUCCGGAAACUUUUAUAAUCAGACGGCCACGGGAAAUAUCCCUCAAGCCAGGAUUGAGUUUUGCGCUACUGGGAUCAACUCUACGAAUGAGACAUAUGAGAUAUUCAUGUACGCAGGAUGGGGAAGUAACCUCGGAUCCGCUGCACUACCUUUUGAUGAGAUUUACAUCUUGACUUUACCCGCUUUCGAAUGGAUCAAAGUAAACUACGCUCCAGCACAUCCCAGACAUGGCCACUCCUGCCACACAGUCGGCAACCGCCAAAUGUUGGUCAUCGGCGGAGUCGAUUCCUCAGCAGACAGCACCUCUUCCUCCGCACCAACUCUCGACAAAGCGACUUUCGCAACCGCAGACCAAUUUACACAAGGUCUCGCUAUCUUCGACAUGACCGACUUGACUUGGUCUAGCGGAUAUGACGCUAAUGCCGCUGAAUACGAACAAUCUGAUUCCGUGCAAACUUUCUAUUCAUCACGCACAUCCAAAGAUCCCACAACCUGGGGCUCACCCGCACUCCAAACCCUCUUCCAAACCACCCACUUCACAGCCGCAACAAACACCUCAACCAACACAACCUCAACCUCAACCCCAAUCCCCACCCCAUCCUCCAAAUCCUCCUCCUCCAACGCCGGGGCCAUCGCAGGCGGUGUCGUCGGCGGCGUAGCCGGCCUGGCCCUCCUCGCCGGCCUAGGCUGGUUCUUCUUCCGGCGCCGCCAAAAGAAGAACACCAACACCGCCGAGCUGGCCGCGAACGGAGAAGCGAACAAUGCCGUCCCCGGCACGGGUACUACGUUCGCGGGACACCCGGUCACGGAUUACAAGUACCAGCCGGUGGCGGGGCCGAAUGGCACUUAUGCGAGUCCGACGAUGUCGGAGGUGCAUGCUGAUCCGGUGGCGCAUCAGAUGCCUACGCCGUCGGAUUAUGGGGGUGGGGGACAUCAGUUUGCGAGUGAGUUGGAGACGAGGGAGCAGCAUGAGUUGCCUUGAGGUGGUGGUUAGCUGAUAGAUAUUGACUGAGGGGAUGCGCGAGAUAGAUUGAGAGUGAUUGGUUGAAGAUACACCUUUUUGGAGUUGUAUACCAAAUUGGUACCUCAACAACAUCCGCUGAAUAGAGACAGAAGAGAGGAAGGACGAAGAUGAGAGUUCAGCGAAGGAGAGGGUGACUUGUACUAUUCAACGAGAUGAUGCCCAUAUACAUAUAUAUAAUGAAUGUCCUUAUGAACCUCC